AUGGCUUCUCUCGUCCAACCUUCGCAUAUUGAUCGCUUGUUUGCAACGCUGGGGGCGAGAAGUAGCGCACUAGAUGCUGCAGAGCCUCUAGUGCCUGAUACUCGUAAUGUUGAUGAAGAAGAGUCAUUACCCCCCGUAGACAAGAAAUAUUUAUUAUCUGUUUUAGCACUACUUUCUAACAUAGCUGAAAAACUAAAUGCUUUGACUCGUGAACAUACAUUGAAGAUCCUAUUUCGCUUGGCGCUCGACGAAACUGUCAUGAACGAUGGAGCGGUCUGUGCUGAGACACGACGAGCAAUUCCUGCGUUAUUCGGCCAGACAAAGUCUUCUGCUCUACCAGAGGCCAACUUCCAGGCCCACGAGUUAGCCCAAAAUACUUAUCAAACAUUCAAAGAUACAACUCUCCAAUGUCUUCUACUUAGAAAUAUACCCCCAAUAACCCCAGAGAUUGCUUUGUUCAGAUGUCGUCUUGCAUCCGCCUUUCUGUUCAUGGAUAGCUCGCCACUCGAUAAGUCGGACUCCGAGCUGAUCAACCUACGGAAAAUCAGCUCACAAUUAAAAGGUGAACGUUUUAGAGUUAACGAACAUCGGCCGGAAGAUAAGGAGCCAUUUGACUUUGCCAACUUAGCUGCUUUAACCACAAUACUUGACGUGGCGAUUGACUCAGGGACUUUACAGCGUUCUUUCUCAGAUAAGGAGGGGGAGAUUGAAUUUAAUAAACAGGUGGAUAAACUUGCAGAUCGAGUGAAAGCUAUAUUUACUGCUAUUCAGGAUUCUGGUGCCUCACAUAUGAAACGCACUGAGGCCAAGGAAAGCCUGCAAGCACUUCAUUAUCGGCUUGUCUAUACUGUGAGGACUAAACCUGUCGUGAAGAAGUCCUAUUUUGUUUCCUCGAAUGACGAUGGCUAUGCCGGGGGUAGUGGAAAGAGGGAUAUUUUGGAAAAGUUUCUUGGAGUCAGGUGA